AUGGGUAAAGCCGAAGUUGGAAGUACGAAAUAUGUCGCGAAUAAGAUGAAGUCAAAGGGCCUCCAGCGCCUGCGAUGGUGGUGCGAAGUCUGCCAGAAGCAGUGUCGCGAUGCCAACGGUUUCAAAUGUCAUGUUCAGUCUGAGUCGCAUGUCCGUCAAAUGCAAGUCGUCGGUGAAGACCCGCGCAAAUACAUUGCCAACUUCAGCAACGACUUCCAGCGCGACUUUGUCUCACUGUUGCGCACAGCGCAUGGCGAGAAGUUCAUUUCGGUCAACCGAUUCUAUCAAGAGUACAUCCGUGACAAGGAGCAUGUUCACAUGAACGCCACACGGUGGAAUAGUUUAACGGAAUUUACGAAACAUCUGGGACGAGAGGGUAUCUGCCACGUCAAAGAGGACGAGAAGGAUGGUCUGAUGAUUGCAUGGAGAGAUACCAGUAUUGCGGCAGUUCAACGGCGGAAUGAGAUUGCUGAACAGGAGGCUGCAGAAGCGAGGAGUGGAGCUGGCGAAGACAAGAUGCUCAAAAAGAUGGCGAAGCGUGCACAAGAGGAGGCUGAGAUGAAGAAGGCGAUUGAAGCGAAACGUGCAGCCGCCAACGCAGCCGUGCAACAAGUCACUCCACCUGCGGAAGGCACAUCACCUACUUCCAAUGCAGAAGCCACAGAAGAAAACAAAGUUGAUUCUUCGGUCGAUGAGACGGUCAAGGAUGGCGACAAGAAGGCCGAGGAUAAGCCCAAGGUGGAGGCAGCGCCCGUGAAAUUGAGGUUCGGUCUGAAGGCCAAGGCAAUACCAGCGAACAAGGCGGGUCUUGGCCAGAUGAAGAGUCAAAGUAUAUUCAAGCGAAAGAAGGAUGACACGAUGGAGCAGAAGCCGGGUAAGAAAGUGAAGUUGUAG